AUGGGCCGUCUCUCGCUCCUCGUCACGGCCUUCCUAGCCGCCUGCGUCUCGGCGAAUCCCGCGCGGAAGACGGGCAUCGCGGGCGUCUUCAACAUCCUCGACGGCGUGACGUUCUCCAACCGACAGACCUGGGACUUCAGCACACUGUCCGAUGGCGCCAAGCUCCCCAAGGGCCUGUGGGCGAGCCAGUACCCCAUCGGCGACACGCACGAGUACUUGAAGCAAAACGUCUUCAUCCAGGGAGGCUACCUCAACCUCCGUGUCGAUGGCGGCCAGACGGCCAUGCCAUACAGGUCCGGCGAGGUCACCACCAAGUUUUCGAACAUCAAGUACGCCUCCGUCCGGACCGUCGCCAUCUUCUCCGAGACCCCCGGCGUCUGCAAUGGCAUGUUCUUCUAUGCGAACAAUAACCAGGAGACGGACAUUGAGUGGCUGUCUGACCCGCAUUCCCUAAGCAAUAACGGCGAACGCAGGCUCUGGUUCGAGAACCAAGCUACGGACAGCAGCACUGACAAAACCAUCAUCGACGUGACCCCGCCCGCAGACCCGACCACCACCGAGCACGAGUACCGCCUCGACUGGCUGAGGGACCGCGUCCGCUUCUACGUCGAUGGCAACCUCAGCUGGGAGACGGAUCAGAACGUGCCCAGCGCCCCCGGUUCUUGGGUCUUCAACAACUGGGCCAACGGGGACCCGGGCUGGACCGCCGGACCCCCGGCCCAGGAUGCCUUGUUCAAAAUCAAGAAGAUUGACAUGUACUACAACACCGCGUAG